UGACAAUGUGAUGUCAAAAUUUAUAAAAAUUAUAAGCUCAAUUGGCUGAAAGUGGAAAUUUUUUUGUUUAUUUAUAAAAUUUCUUUUAUAACUGUUUUAGUGGUCUGUGAAAAUGCUAAAUGAUCAUGACAUUUUUGAGCAAAUGUGUGAAAAACGCGGUGUUUUGGCGCCACCAGAGGUUUCGGAGGCUAUCAGAGUUGGCAGCUCAACGGGGGAGUUACGCCUAUCCUGCCUCUCCAUAAUAGUCCCAGUCUGCGAAAUCCUUGCUCAGAUGUUGGCUUCAAGUUCAUCAAUAAAAGUCCUCGACUUGAGCGAUUGUAUGUUGCUUCCAAAAGGUCUGAGCAGUUUCCUGAAUGCUCUCUGCGAUGGAUCCAGUAUCAGUUAUCUCAAUCUAAAAGGAAACAGUAUAAGUGGUUCCACUGUCGAACAACUUGGUCAAGUUUUCCUGCACAACAACACCCUCAAAAUUCUACAUUUGGAAUGGAACAGUCUGGGAUCCAACGUUGAAUGCUUCUCUGCUUUCUGCGAGGGUCUUUCCAAAAAUCACAACCUCGAAGAACUCGAUCUGAAGUACAAUCAAAUCUCGCCCCAUUGCGCUGAAGCUUUAUCCAAAGUCCUGAAGUACAACAAAUCUCUAAAAAAUCUCGAUUUGGCCUGGAACACUUUAGGACUCCAGGGUGGUCAGAUGAUGUUGAAUGGGAUGAGGGAAAACAAAACAAUCAUUAGUUUGAACCUCCGGGGAAAUUGUUUGCCAGAAGAGUUCAUGGAGUCGAUCGAACAAUCAACGUACGAGAAUAAACGCAGGAAAUUGAUGUCCGAAACGAACGUUUCCAAGGGAAUCGAGGUGGCGAAAAGUUACGCCUCGAAGGAGAAUGAACCGAUUAAUGUGAGUGAAAAAGAAAAUAGAGCCAAGAUAAAGUUCUUGAAGAAGAAGAUGAAAAGGAAAGAUAGAAAAGCUUUGCAUGCAGCAGAAGAUAAUCAAAUAAGAAAUUCGUCCACUGAUACAGAUUCUGAUUUUGCUCUUUCGAAAAAUUUAACUGACUCCAGGAUGUCAGAGAGUCCAAAAGAUGCUCUCCCUGAUGAUCAGAAUUCGAAAAUGGCAGAAGUAAAUUUUAAAAGUAAGGAGUUAAAUCAAAUUCUUCAGGAAAGAACUUCUGCGAUUGAUCAUUUAAUGAAUGAAAUCAGCUCCAAGCAGGCAGAAAUAGAAGAGGCUAAGUCACAAAUCAAUCACUUAGAAGAAGAGGUUUCAAAGCUGAAAGAGGAAAAAGAGAAUUUCAAUUUGGAGAAGGUGAAGGAGAUUGGCGAAUUGCAAAAAGCUCACCUAGAAGAUAAAGAGAGUUGGGAAAGGGCUAAACAAGAUUUGGAAGAUUCUUGCAACAAGGCUUUGACUUUAAAAAAAGAAGUUGAAUCAAAAGCUCGAAGAUACGAACGAGACAUUCACAAGAGUUCAGUUGAAAUUCUAGCUCUGAAGGAGCAACUUAUGGCUUCGACUCAAGCUUACGAGGAUUUGAUUUCUAGGGGCAAGACUGAGAUGCACAGACUUCGAAGAGAAUUAAAAGAACGAGAAAGUAGGCACAAAAUCGAACUAAAUAUUUUGAAAACUUCUCUCAAGGAGACUACUCAGGCUUUAGAGGAAUGUCAAGUUCAGUUGCAAAAGUGUAGAAACGAAUUGAGAGAAGCUGCAGAAAGCCAAUCGAGUUUGAAAACAAAACUCAACGAAUUGGAACAUCUUGCUUUGAGAUGUACCAGAUCUGAAGAUUCUCUGCAGAAAAUAAAAGAAGAGAAGGAAAUUCUUGAAGAAAAAUAUAGCGAUGCUCAGAGAACUAUUGGAACCCUUCAGCGGCAGGUUGCAAAUCUUCAAGGCGAGUUGGUCGAACCUCAGAGACGAUACGGAAUUUUGAAGGAAGAACUGGAUCAGGAGAGAGAAAAGUCUGAUAGAUUUAAGCAAGAAUUGUCGGAGGAUCGUUCCAGAUUGAAGGAACAGAAUAUACAAUUGCAAAAAAUGACUUUGCAAAUUACAGCCUUGAAUACGCAAAUCAACGAAAUCCAGACGAGUCAUGCUGAAACACUUCGAGAGAGGGAUAAAGAGAGGAAGCAACUGAAGGAAAUGAUUGCUCAUAAAGAACGAGACCUGAAUGAUUUAAAGGCAGAAGAAGUUCAAAGGGCUGGUCAACUUUAUGCCGCAUUUAGUAAAUACAUGAGUUCAAUUGGUCCUGCCUCUACGUGACACUUGAAAUUUUGUUUGAAAAAUCUUCUGAAAAAAAAUGUUGCCAGAAACGCUUCC